CAACAGUCACAUGACCCUUGUUUAUCUUCAGCUUUGCCAGUAACCGGCCGGUGGCAGAGUUCGUAAUAAAGAAUGGAGAUGGCGGCGGGUCUGUACUUGGUUUUUAUGACAGCUCUGGGGCUGGUGAGCGGAUUGCCCCCGGGUCACUGGCAGGAGGUGCCCUCUGAGGAGCCGGUGAUACAGACAUUGGCGGAGAUCGCAGUGCGGGAAUACAACCGGCGGAGUGACCAGGAUGUCGCUUACAUAAAGCUGCGCGUCACCGAUGUCAGGAAGCAGUUGGUGUCUGGGGCUAAGUAUGACUUCAGUAUUGUACUGGGAAGAUCAAUGUGUAAGAAGAAUGGGGAAGAGACUCCCAAUAACUGUCAGCUUCAUGUUGCAGCUCUAGAAAGGGGAGUAAAGUGCAACUUUGUUGUGUUGCUGGUGCCAUGGCUGAAUGAGACUAAAAUCUUGCAUCAGUUGUGUUCACAAGAAGAUUUUAUAAACAAUGUGGCAGAGACAUCACCUUCAAAUCAGGAUAAGCUUUCAUCAAAUACGGAGGAUGAGCUGCUUGAGACAUUGUCAUUAUUUAAGGAGUUUGUGACAACUUACAAUAAAACAUAUCAAAAUGAUGAAGAGGCUCUGGGACGUUUGCGCAUAUUUUCUGAAAAUCUCAAGAAGGCCAAAGAUAUACAGGAGAAGGACCAGGGGACUGCUGAAUAUGGCAUCACUAAGUUUAGUGAUCUUACAGAGGAAGAAUUCCGAACUCUGUACUUGAAUCCUUUACUCUCAAGCCAAGGACAUCGGAUCAUUAAGAAGGCUGUGAUUCCAAAAGAUCCUCCUCCUGCUCAGUGGGACUGGAGAGAACAUGGUGCUGUAACUGAGGUCAAGAACCAGGGCAUGUGUGGAUCCUGUUGGGCGUUCUCUGUGAUUGGAAAUAUUGAAGGACAGUGGUUCUUGAAGAAAGGCUCCCUUGUUUCCUUGUCUGAGCAAGAGCUGGUGGAUUGUGAUGGUGUGGAUCAUGCAUGUGGAGGAGGUCUUCCAUCAAGUGCAUAUGAAGCUAUUGAGAAGCUAGGUGGAGUGGAAACAGAACAAGAUUACAGCUACCAGGGACGGAAACAAGGCUGCAGCUUCUCUACCAGCAAAGUGUCAGCUUAUAUUAACAACUCUGUGGAGAUUCCAAAAGAUGAGACAGAGAUUGCUGCUUGGCUAGCACAAAAUGGACCAAUAUCCAUUGCUCUUAAUGCAUUCGCUAUGCAGUUUUAUCGUAAAGGGAUUUCUCACCCAUUCAAGAUAAUUUGCAGUCCCUGGUUCAUUGACCAUGCUGUACUCCUAGUGGGCUAUGGAGACCGUAAUGGGACACCUUUCUGGGCAAUCAAGAAUAGCUGGGGAACAGACUGGGGAGAACAGGGCUAUUACUAUUUGUAUCGAGGCUCGGGAGCUUGUGGUGUGAAUCAAAUGUGUAGUUCUGCCGUGGUAAAUUAGACAUCUCCACUGAAGAGUUCCUUUUGUCUUCAUACUAAGAUAAUGCCAGCGGGAAUCAUUGGUGUGGCAUGUUGUAACUUGAGAUUCAUAUGAUUUGAGACUUGAAUCAGUCCUGGGAAAAGGUGACAUAUACCUUUCCCUUAGAAAACUGUAAUUAUCAUCUGUGGUUUUGACUUCAGGUGAAAACAAAAAUUAGUGGAAGUGUAAAAUGUGUCACUAACAUACUAUUUUAACCAAACCCCCCGAAAAGUUUGGGGUGCUCUAAAUUUUUAAAUUUUUUAUCUGGUUAUAUAAACCAAUAAUGAAAUUACUUAAUAUUUUAUUACUAAUUAUUUUUCAUUUA